AUGCCUAACACCAAAACGAUCCAUGUGCCUCACCUUGGUGGCAUUGAGGCUUCCUACCAGACCCCAGGUCUCGACGCGAAUAAACCGACAUUGGUGCUGGUCAACUCCUUCACCACCUCUUCCGAGCUCUACAAAACUCAAUAUGCCAACAGAGACCUCACAAGCAAGAUGAACUUACUGGCGAUCGAGCUACUUGGUCAUGGACAAACACGCUGCAAGCUUGAGAACUGGACUUAUUGGGAUACUGCAUGGAUGAACAUCCAAGUCCUGCAAGAAUUAGAGAAGAGGGGAGAGAUCGAUCAAGGCAAAGGAGUCUUUGUGCUUGGCACUAGUCAGGGAGGUUGGAUCACUGUUCGCAUGGCUCUAUUAGCGCCCGACAAGAUCACUGGUAUCAUCCCUUUGGGCACAAGUCUCGACUUCGAAUCUCCCAAAACUCGCGAACUCGGCUGUUGGAACGCGCCAGAAGAUCUAACGCCCAACAUCACCGCAUGGAGCAAACCCGCAGACUCUUCCUUCCGUCCCGGCAACCAUUUCGCCGACUUUCUGAUCGACAUCGGUUUCGGCAAAGAUUGCGACUCGUCAGUUCGUGAUUUCUGGCGCAGCGAAAUCGCAAGUAACUAUGUGGGCGAAGAAGGCAGGAAGAGGAUCAGAAUGGCAACUAUCAAUCUGCGGGAUAGGGAUGGGUUGCAUGGCAGAUUGACUGAUGUCAAGUGUCCUGUGCUGUGGCUGCAUGGAACGGCGGAUGCGGUGUACUCAGUUGCGAAUGCCGAGAGAGAGAUCAAGAUGUUUGUGAGGAGUCCGAAUGCACAGCUCAAGGUUGUGCAGGAUGGGCAGCAUUUCCUAUCGUUUAGUCAUCCUAAAGAGGUGGAUGGUGCGGUCGCCGAGUUUGUUUCAAAGUACUCUUGA